AUGUCAGAUCAAGAUACAGAGACAGAACUUAGCAAAGAGGAGAGAUUGGAGGCCGCCCGCAAGAAAUUCGAAGCGAUGAAGAAGAAGAAGAAGAAAGCCGGUAAGAAGAAGGCUGAAAGCGAUUCAAGAGAAGGAAGCAUUAUGGCUGAAGGCGAGACACCCGAACCAAAGGAUAAUGCAGAAGCUGAGCCUGGCACUGACACCGGAGAUACUGAAGCUAAUGACAAUGACAAGGGAAGUUUGGCCGCGAAUGAAUCCAAAAGCAAGACGGUCUCUGAAUCAGAUAUCUCACCUGCAAAUUCUAAAAAGCCAACACACGGUUUAAACAGCGACAAGGACGCCGAGCACUCAAAAGAAACAGAGAAUAUUGAGAACCUUGAAACAAAUGUGGAUCUGAAAGCCAUUCCGAAGCUGUCAGAUAACACACUGCCGAUUGAAGAUGCUACCAGCGACGAUGUCAACCAAUUGAAGACUAUAAUUGAAACUCAAAAGAAAACAAUUAGCAAACUUCGAGAUGAGAAUACGGAUCUCAAACUUGAGCAAUUGGAUCUAAACGAUCGAAUUACUGCACUUGAGGCAGAAGUACAACAGUUGCAAAGCAGUGGUAGUCAAGUUGAACCACAUACGGGAAAAACUAAAGUUUACCAGGCUCACACUCAAGUCUUACCGGCAAAACCGAUUGUCACGAGUAACGAGUAUGCUCUGGCCUCACAGGUUGAUUUGUCAAGUAAAUUCGAGACAGUACUGGAUUUCAGAGAACGUUUAUUAUUAUGGAAAGGGUGGCAGGUUGAUAUGACUAGUUGGAAUGGGGUCAAGGGACAACCGAUGUUACCACUUUGA